AUGCAGGUUCUUCUAGUGAAUGAUGAUGGUGGUCCAAACGAUUUGGCCAGUCCUUACGUAAAAUACUUGGUGGAAGCCAUUGAGAAACAUACAAACUGGGAUCUUAAAAUCGUCGUUCCCAUUUCACAGAAAUCUUGGAUUGGAAAGGCACAUUUUGCAGGAAGAGAUGUCACAGUUAAGUAUAUAUAUUCAUCGAUCGAGCAUCCCGAGGAUAAUUCAUAUCAUGGUCCAUUUGGUCUUCCGCAAGAAAAGCUGCGUGCAAACAAGGCUUUAAAGGAGUGGUGUCUUGUUGAUGAUGGCACUCCUGCAACAUGUGCAGAUAUAGGAAUCAAUCACAUCAUGGGACGGGAUAAUGUCGAUUUGGUUUUAAGCGGUCCGAACGUUGGAAGAAAUUCAACUUCCUUAUAUGCUCUUUCCAGUGGUACUAUAGGUGGAGCCAUGGAAGGUUGCUCGCAUGGCAAGAAAGCUAUCGCUUUAUCUUUUGCUUACGAGAAGAGAUUCGACACUGAUCCAGAGAUUUUGAAGCAGGCUGCUUUGAUUUCUGUGAAAACUGUCGAACAGUUGUACAGUUCGUGGGCAGAUGGUGUUGACCUGUAUACUAUCAAUAUUCCGCUCAUUUCUGACCUCAAGUUUGGAAAGACACGUAUUUUCAGAACUCCAAUGCUCAGAAACCGUUGGAAAAAGUCCCUUUUUUCCGAAUCCUCGAGGAAGUUGGAGGAUUCCGAUAGCAGGCAUUUGGAUAUUGUAGACGAAUCAGUGAGUGCAGGCCAACUGUACAAAUGGAGUCCAGACUUUGAGCUGGUUCAUAGGGAUGUUGCCGCAAGUACCGAGUUUACAGAUGGAAAGGCAAUUUCACAGGGUUAUGUUAGUGUGACGGCCCUUAAAACGGCAUUUGCCCAAGUUGAUAAGGAGAAUACAGGAGAAAUACACUUAGAUCCAUCGUUAUCUUCACUCAGCUUGGACGAUAAACAUGGUCCAUUUGUUGUGAUCACGUAUCCGGAAGAUAGUUACCUUAAUGGACCGUUGAGAAAUGCUGUGGACAAAUACUUGCCUGGAGCUACCAUUCUUUCUUCUUUAAAGGAUGCACCUAAAGAUGAAAAGGUCUUCCAAUAUGGCGAGUAUGAGGAUUUGGAUCAUGAAAGAUUGUUCUCUGAUAAACUGUACCUUGCAAAUUCAUACACAUACAGAAAAGGGUUAAUCAGAAAGCAGUACUUUGCGAACGCUAUUGCGUAUUACGUUGCAAAGCAUCCUAAAUCCAUCCUGAAAACAGCUUAUCCCGAAACCUUCCAAUUGGAAUGUGCAUACGCGGACUUCUUGGAUGACUCUUUGGAUGAGGCUUUUGAGCUAAGGUGUACUCUCGAACAGAACACAUCAGACACUUUCAUUCUCAAGCCAAGUAUGGGUGAUCGAGGCGAUGGUAUUCGUCUAUUCAAAAAUAUUGAGCAAUUACAGGCCAUCUUUGAUUCAUUUGAAGAGGAAGAAGAGGAGACUGAGGAAGAUGGUGAUUAUAAUGCGGAAAGCUCAAAACAUGGAAUCAUUCUUUCACAGAUGCGUAACUUCAUCGUGCAAAAGUAUAUGUCUAACCCAUUGCUUUUGAAGGAAUACGGAAAUCGCAAGUUUCAUAUCAGAACAUAUGUUCUCUGUGUCGGAAAUCUUACCGUGUAUGUAUAUCAAAGAAUGCUUAUGCUCUUCAGUGAAACUUCAUAUGAAAAGCCUUCAAAUGAUACUGGAAAGCCAAUUGAUAUUGCUGGCCAUUUGACCAACACUUGUCUACAGGAUGAUACUGAUAAAACUGUGGUUGUCGAGUUUGGGAAGUCAUCAUUAAGUGAGUCCUCUAAGAAGAAGAUAUUGAAUCAAAUCAAUUCGAUAACAGCAGAAGUAUUCAAGUCUGCUCUAGAGGCAGACAGGAUUAAUUUCCAACCUCUAGGUAAUGCUUUUGAAACAUACGGACUUGACUUUCUUGUUGAUUCAGACCUGAAUGUGCAAAUUCUUGAAGUUAACGCUUAUCCGGACUUCAAGCAGACUGGUUCACAGUUGAAAAGCUUAAUCUACGAGUUGUUUGAAUGCACUUUUGCCAAGGCUGUGUUGCCAUUCUACUCUGGGUCUUCUAAGGAAGCAGAGAAUCUAAAGUCUGUUCUUUCCAUAAAAGAUGGUUUCUGCUGA